AGAGAAAAUUUGGGUUGUAAAUCGCCACUCCUCUUCCCACACAGUCAUUGAGUUCGUCUGCGGUAAGGCAUCCCAUGUUCCUCCGCCGCCGUCUCCUCUCCACCGCUGCCGCUGCGACCGCCGCCCGCGGCCCACCGCCGAUCCGCGUGUCCCUAACGGAGUCCGCGGGCCGCGGCGUCUUCGCUACCCGCCCAGUAUCUUCUGGCGAGCUCCUCCACUCAGCGCAGCCCCUCGUCUCCCACCCCUCCCACUCUCUGCUCCACGAGGUUUGCUACAAUUGCCUCAGAAGGAAGCCCGGGGAAGGGCGCGCUUCAAGCGGGGGUGACUACUUCUGCAGCGAUGCUUGCAGGGACCACGCCAAGGGGUUCCAUGACAUUGAAAAGAAUGUAGAUUGGUCUUUAUUCGAUUACCACUGCAGUUCACGUGAUCUGAAGUACCCAUACAUGGCCAAGCGCCUUGCUUGCAUGGUUAUAUCAGGAGCUGCUAAUGCAGAUUGCCUUAACAUACUUCAGCCAGCUCUGUUGCACCAGGGGACGCUGAUUGAGAUGAAAGAGGAAUUUGAGUUGUUGGAAUCCACUUUUAGAAAAGCUGGAUUUCAGGAAGAAAUCACAACCUAUUGGUACAUCAAUGUAUUGGCAAGAAUACGCAUAAAUGCUUUUCGUAUUGAAUUGGUUGCAAGUUCAUAUGAGGAUCUCUUAUCCUCAGCGGCAGCCUCUGUAUCAUGUGAUUCAUCAGUUGGCAAUGCGGUUUAUAUGCUCCCAUCUUUCUACAACCAUGACUGCGAUCCGAAUGCUCACAUUGUUUGGCUGCAAAACGCGGACGCGAAAUUGAAGGCUCUCCGCGACAUUGAAGAAGGCGAGGAGCUGUGCAUCUGCUACAUCGAUGCUAGCAUGGAUGCCGACGCUAGACAGAAGAUUCUUGCUGAUGGAUUUGGCUUCGAGUGCCGUUGCCUUCGGUGCUUGUCUGGAGACUAGAAACCAUGUCUACUUUCUUCCUGAGCAUGAGUUUGUCUUCGAUUGUAGCGGAUUGAAGCGGUUGGUGCUGAGUACCAUCAGAAUCUUAAGUUGCAAUCUUCUGUACACUAGUUACAGCCACGCCAAUUGAGUUGUGGUUAAGCAUUACUUUGCCUUUUGCACUUCCCUACCACGACAUGCUAGAAAUGUUGUGGUGUAAAUGUUGUAGCCGUUUUUGUUUAGCUUCUUGUUCAGUCCUUAGUGUCAGAAAUAAAAUUUCGAUAAUACUCGGAUCAUUUGAAUACCGGAAACCUUGUAGCUGUAGUUGGGGUAGCAUUACAUAUAUUAUACUCUUGACUCUC